UUUGGAUCUAGGAACGUAGGACAAUAACCUACAUCUAUUUUUACAUCCCUUAAAAGUUGAUGUACAAUUUUUUGUCGCCAUUUUAAUGUACUUUGAAUGAAAAGUGUGCUGCCAGUAUUAAAAUAACUUGGUAUGCAAGGACGUUGCACCAUUGAACUUAUGCUUCGUGUAUGUUUUUAGUGUCUUUAGUGCGUUUAAUGCGUGUGUUAGAAGGAAAUGAGACAGGAUCAAACAAGGCUAGGAAUAUAACAAGGCCAUUAUGUGUCAUAAAAAUCAAAAAUGCCUGGGGAACCAUCUAUAACCAGUGGAAAUAAGAGUUCUGGGAAAAUCAAGCGCAUUUCUAUUCCAAGAGUACAAAGUAGUACAGAUACAGAGUUGCAAUCACAAAGUGGAUCUACUCCAUUGCAACCGACUGUACUUCAUUAUGCAGCUUUUCGUACAGACCCUGAUGACAGUGUACUACCACCAACUUUACGAUGUCGACUUUUUGAAUUAUUUCAACAAAUAGAAAAAGAGUUUGAAGUUCUAUACACAGAAAAUUUAGGAUUACAAGAGAAAAUAGAUAUUCUUAAUGAGAGGCUUGAAAGAGAAUGUUAUGGAGAACGCAGCUUACAUCUUGGAGAUGUUGCAGACUUUCCAGAUACAAAAAGUCUUUCCAAACAAAAAUCUAUGGCAGCACCAAAAACAAAAACAACUUCUAAUAAGUUAAAAGCACAGACUAGUAAAAUAGUCUCUAGUUUUAAAACACCAACUAUGACAUGUAGUAUGCAAAGGGAAUAUUCUGGACAUAGAGAUGGUAUUUGGGAAGUUUCUGUUGGAAGAUCAGGUCAAAUUAUUGCUACAGCUUCUGCUGAUUAUACUGCUAGAGUGUGGGCCGUGGACAGUGGACGUUGUUUACUACAGUAUAUUGGUCAUUCUGGAUCUGUUAACUCUGUACGUUUCCAUCCAACCAAAGAUUUGGUCCUUACAUCAAGUGGAGAUAGUUCUGCUCAUGUAUGGCAAGCUGCGGUAGAUUGGGAUUUGCCUAAAAGACAAAAUUCAUCUGAAGAUCUUUCAUGUUUGAGUUCUGAAAGAAAUCUCAGCGGUAUAACUGUUUUGAAUGAAGAACAGGAAGAAGCUCCUACAUUAAGAACUCCGAUACGAGAAUUAUUAGGACAUGGGGCUGUCGUAAUGGCUGCAGAUUGGUUACCUGAUGCAGAACAAGUAGUCACUGCUUCUUGGGACAGAACCGCGAACCUAUAUGAUGUAGAAACUGGAGAAGUUAUUCAUACGUUAUGUGGACACGAUCAAGAACUUUUGCAUGUAUCAAGUCAUCAUACGCAACGACUCUGCGUUACUUCAUGUAAGGACAGUACUUUUCGUCUGUGGGAUUUUAGAGAGCCCAUCCAUUCAGUUUCCGUUUUUCAAGCGCAUACUGAAACUGUGACAUCGGCUGUUUUCACGCGUGAAGAUAAAAUCGUUUCCGGUUCGGAUGAUCGAAGUGUAAAAGUAUGGGAAUUACGAAAUAUACGGAGUCCUUUAGCUACAAUUCGAGGCGAUAGUGCCGCUAAUCGAUUAGCAGUAUCAAGCACUGGUACUGUUGCAAUUCCACAUGAUAAUAGACAAAUUAGAUUAUUUGAUCUUAAUGGUCAACGAUUAGCUAGAUUGCCAAGAACUAGCAGACAGGGUCAUCGAAGGAUGGUCUCGUCGGUAACUUGGGCUGAAGAUAGCGGAGUUUGUAAUUUGUUCUCUUGUGGUUUUGAUAAAUUAGUCCUCGGAUGGAGUAUUGUACCUCUUAAGGAAUGUUAAAUAUGUAUAUAUCGUAAAUAUAUUUAUUUAGUUUAAUGUUA